CUCAUCCUUUUUAGAGAGAGAAAAUGCCUCUUUUUUAGAGAGAGAGGAGUUUGUUCUUUUCUUAUUUUUUUUCCUCCCCAAAUCUGCACAGUCGGCCGUUUGAUUCCUGAACAAGAACCCACCAUUUUCCUCUCUUGGAAACUCCAGAUCUGCGUCUAAGCUUCUCUUGAUCUUCCUAUAAAUCUUGACGAAAGGGGAGAACUUGCAUUUUCAAAUAAUCAAUCACUGUUUCUCAGUAAAAACCAUUAAAUGUCGAGAGCACGGCGGCGGUCUUGGGUGAGAUGAGGAGGGAUGUUGGCAGCGUUGAUGAACUUGCUUCGGUCCUGUUGGCGGCCCUCGUCAUCGGACCGAUACGUGCACACUGGUUCUGAUGCUGUAGGUCGACAAGAUGGGCUCCUUUGGUACAAAGAUUGUGGGCAGCAUGUUAAUGGAGAGUUCUCGAUGGCGGUUGUCCAAGCUAACAACUUGCUUGAGGAUCAGAGUCAGAUUGAGUCGGGUGCGCUGAGUUUUCUUGAUUCUGGACCAUAUGGAACGUUCAUUGGUGUCUAUGAUGGGCAUGGUGGUCCAGAGACGUCUCGUUAUAUCAAUGAUCAUCUCUUUAAUCAUCUUAAAAGGUUUACAUCGGAGCAACAAUCUAUGUCAGCUGAUGUGAUAAGGAAGGCAUAUCAAGCAACAGAAGAAGGGUUCUUCUCUUUGGUUGCCAAACAAUGGCCUAUUAAGCCGCAGAUUGCAGCCGUUGGCUCCUGCUGCCUAGUUGGUGUAAUUUGUGGCGGAACUUUGUACGUUGCUAACCUUGGAGACUCACGGGCUGUUUUAGGGAGACUAGUGAAGGCCACAGGAGAGGUUCUUGCUGUUCAACUAUCAGCAGAGCACAAUGCAAGCAUUGAAUCUGUCAGACAGGAAUUGAAGUCGAUGCACCCUGAAGAUUCACAGAUAGUCGUUCUGAAGCAUAAUGUUUGGCGUGUAAAGGGACUUAUUCAGGUUUCUAGGUCAAUUGGUGAUGUAUAUCUGAAAAAAUCAGAGUACAAUAAGGAGCCCUUAUAUGCGAAAUUUCGUCUUCGCGAAUCUUUCAAAAAGCCAAUUCUCAGUUCAGAACCAUCAAUUACUGUGCAACCAUUACAACCACAUGAUCAGUUUCUUAUAUUUGCAUCCGAUGGGCUAUGGGAGCAUCUUACCAACCAAGAGGCAGUGGAUAUUGUUCAUAACAAUCCUCACAAUGGAAGUGCUCGAAGGCUUGUGAAAGCCGCGCUUCAAGAAGCAGCGAAGAAGAGAGAGAUGAGGUACUCUGACCUGAAGAAGAUUGAUCGAGGGGUCCGCCGCCAUUUCCACGACGACAUAACCGUCGUUGUCGUAUUCCUUGACUCAAACCUCAUUAGCCGUGCCAGCACGACGCGGUCUCCAACUCUCUCGGUAAGGGGAGGCGGGGUCAAUCUCCCCUCAAACUCUCUUGCACCUUGCUCAACACCAACAGACGGUAACUCUUGAUAAAAUAGGGAAGGUAAGAGUGCAGUUUAUGAUGGAGUUGUUUUUAAUCUGCAGGAUACUGAAACCUUGCUAAAGAAUCAGGUUGUCUAUGUUAUAAUAUGUUAGUCUUAUAAAGUAGAAACCAUAAGGUAGUUAUUUAUUAGGAAUUUUAAUUUUUUUUCUUUUUUUUAGAAGCUUUUUCGUUCCUCUUUUUUUUUCUUUUUUUGUAAAUUCUUGUGGUACUAUAAUCCUUUGCAAUCUAAUCGUUCUUUCUUCUGUCGGUGUA